AUGUGUUGCAUUAUAGCUUAUUUAUCUACAAUUUUCUCCAGAUUUAUAAACCGAAAAAUGGUGUUGCCUUUGAUAUUAUUUCUUGCCUGCUUCGCUUACUCAUGAGACGAUUCAAAUUUAGCAAAUGGCUAUCUACUCCCUCACGUGUGACAGCAAACAAUUGGAAAAAAAUCCUACCAUUCAGUGAACGAACAAUUUUUUUUUAAAUGCAUUAUUUUACAUACUGAUAAUAAAAUUCUAUCGAGUUCUAUUAAGUUUUAGACAGCUUGCACUUAAAGCAUAAAAUUAAUAAUAUAUAUAACAUUUUUUCAAUUCUGCAUUUAGGACUUUUUAAUUACAAUAAAAAACUAUUUUAAAAAAAUAAAGUUCACCCUUUCUGUGGGGGAGCCAUUAGGGAGAGGAGGAAGAGGAGUUAGGAGGCUAUUUUAACAUGACUGAAAUUACAGCUCAAUUAAACAGCUUUACUUCUCCAGAUCUUUCACUGAUAACUUUAGGAAAAAGUGUGGAUGGCAACAAUAUUGAGGGAAUUAAACUUCUUAAGGCUGGUAUUUAUUACAUAGAUGGCAUAAAUUCUAGCUUAAGGACAAAAAUUUUGAUUACGGGAUCUCAUUCAACUCUUCAACUUUUAUCAACAACUCAAGUUUUAUACUUAUUGAAUUUCUUGACUAACGAUACGAAUUCUGAUACUCUCUAUCUAUUGGAAACUUCUGAAAUCUAUUUUAUUCCAGUUAUAAAUGUUGACUCUUAUAUAGCUGCAGGCAAAUAUUAUAUAACUACGCAGACUUUUAGUGAUUUUUACAAAAAUACAAAAAAUACUUGCAAAUCAAAGUAAAUUUCACUUAGUGUGCAAUAUUCUGGAGUCGAUCUUUUUAGAAACUUUGAUUCACAUUGGGGUGCAGAUGAUACCGGAUCUUCAAGUGAUCCAUGCUCUGGUGCGUACAGAGGAGACUCUGCUUUUUCAGAGCCAGAAACAGCGGCUCUUAAAACACUCAUAAGCACAACAAGCUUCAAAAUGUGAAUACAUUAUAGCAGUUAUGGGAACUAUGUCUUUUAUCCUUAUUGUUAUCUCAGAAGUGUUGAUUCAAGCGCGUUUAAAAAUAUAUCAACAUACAAUUAUUUCCGAAAUUUACCAUACUCUGCAAACUUAUUAUUGGAUGUACAAUAUGGAACUUUAUAUUCAAAAAUUAAUAUAUUAGUUAAUGGUGCACUGAUUGACUAUGGAAUGGAUAAUAAUAUUUAUUCAUUUUGAAUCUCUACCGGAGCUUACCACGCACGUCAAGCUGAUAUUUUACCCACAUGCAGAAAUCAUACUGCAAUUUUUAAACAAAUCGCUUUAACAAGUGGUCCGCUCAAUAAAAUGGAAUUUGGCAGUAUUUCAGAAGAAAUUUGUAAGAAAAAUGAAACUUGUACGAGCAAUGAGAAUGCUUAUGCUUAUGUGAUUUUGAGAUUCUAUUUUAUGAACUCAGGACUUUCUGAUUCUUAUGCAGAUGAAAAUUUCAUAUUUAAAGCAACAUAUGGAUCUACAUAUUCUUAUGAGAUUGCAAAUAUAACCGUUGGUAACAGUGCUGCAACUUUAAGUUAUACAAAUAUCAGUGAUUCAACACAAAAAAUCAGUUUUGAAGUAAAUAUUGGCUCUAUACCUGCACUAUCAAACACAAAUAUUUUUAUUUCAUUUUAUAGUUAUAAAAAUUUAACUUAUGAUGGUGAAGAAAUGACAAUUAAUUAUCAGGCAAAAUUGACAAACUCACUUACAGCCAAUUAUUCAGCUUUAUCGUUUUCUGACUCAAGUGUUGUUGGGAAAGCAACUCAGCCAUCAACUGCUAUAAAUACCGAAAAUUAUGGCGCUUUCUAUUAUAUAAGAGUGUCAAGUGAACACCAUGAACUUGCUGCAGUUGCUGCCAUAUGCGUUUUUAUAGGCAUUUUUAUGAUUGCUGUAUGGGUUUUAAUUGCAAAAAUAUUUUACAGUGAGCAGAUAUAUGGAAAUCAUAAUACUGAAUCUCAUGGGACAAUGGCAGGCCUAAAUACAAAAAAUACUACUGUUGAGCACAAUUUAAACGGCUUUAGACCCAUGGGAUCUGAAAUCAAAAAUAUAGGUCAAGAGCCUAACAAAUUUCAGCUUGAGCUUAAUACAGGAGAGGGAUCCCCAAGCCAAAGAGGAAAAAUUUCAAUUCCGAAUUCUCCGCCUAAAUCAAGAGAAAAUAUAGGAGGAUUUAGAGAAGUUACUUUAGGAGAAGGCAGCCCUUCAACUUUUGUAGGAAUUGGAUAUGGGAUGCCAAGAGCUGGUAUUAGGCAUGAUAUAGAUAAUCCAGAAAUCAGAAGUGCCAGGCAAGAGGGUCUGAGUAUUCCAAUGAGAGUAGGGCUAAUUUCUAAAAAUGAGCCAGAAAUAAAAGGAAAUAUAAAUGUUCCUGGCUUUGGUCCUAUGCCGCCAGAAUUAGAUCCAGGUUCUGCUCAAAGAGGGAAAAUCAAUGUUCCACCGCAUAUGAAAGGAACAUCAUUUGGAAAUGAUCCCUCAACAAAACUAGAAAUAGUCGAUGCACCUCAAUUGCCAAUAUUUGCAGGAUCUCCUACAGAUUUUUCAGCAAAAAACCAAGAAAAAAAAGGUUUUUCUCCAAUGGUUGAUCCUGGAGACUUACGACCAAACUUUGGGAGUCCACAACCUAAAGCUGGAGGGUUUCAAGUUAGUAUUCCUUCUAGCCCAGGUGGAGAAACAAACUUAGGAAAUCCUAAUUCAAAGGGAUCUUUUCAACAUAUAAAUCCUUCAUUUGGUGAAGAAUAUGACGAUAUUGAAAUCCUUGUAGAUGAUAGUAAAUCAAUAGGACCCCCAGAAUAUAAAUAA